AUGAUCAACAGCUACAGUGCUGUAAGUGCGGCUGCUGCUGCUGCUGGUGGCACACCAGUAACUCUGCAUUUCAACUAUAACAACAACAACAGCAGCAACAACAACAACAACAGUGGUCUUAAAAUGCUGCCAGCAUCAACAACAACAGCAACAGCAAUCGAGCACAAAAGCCACAACAAUAAUCAUACUAUCAACAGUGCUGCCCCAACAACAACAACAACAACUGCGAAACUGUUUAAAAUCACACAAAAUGAAGUUGUUGAGGGCAAACAUUUCCUACAACAGCAACAAAAUCAGCAUCAGCAAAAGCAAAAAACAACAGUGCCACAACGCACUGAGGACCAAGAAAAUGCCUUUCGCCGCAUCGAGGAUGUGCACAAUUAUGCCAAGCUCCAGCAUCAUCAUCAUCCACAUUCACAUCAUCAUCAACACCACAAUCAACGUCAUCGUAGUAAUCAUCGUCAUCACGACAUCAGCAGCGAUGAGUUGGGCGAAGAUGAUGAUGAUGAUGACGACGACGACGAUGAUGAUGAUGAAGAGGAGGAGGAGGAUGAUGAGAGGGAACUUCACUUGAAUGCUGCCAUAGCAAAGAUGAAGAAGAAGCGUCAACCAGUCAACAACAACAACGUCGACGAAGAGGAUGAAGAAGAUCAAGUGGAGGUCGAUGUAGUCACUGUUACACCAACAACAACAACAGCAAUGCCACAACAACAACAACAACAACACCCAAUAGAACAGGAGCAGGAGCAGCUCAUCAUGCGCCCCGAGCAUCAUGCUCGUCGCCCCAUGAACGCAUUUCUUAUAUUCUGCAAGCGUCAUCGCGCCAUCGUUAAGGAGCGUUACAAGUCGCUUGAGAAUCGUGCUAUAACCAAGAUACUUGGCGACUGGUGGGCGGCCCUAGACGAGCAGGAGAAGCUGUGCUUCACCGAUCUGGCGCAACAGAACAAGGACGCUUUCUUCAAUGCCAAUCCCAAUUUUAAAUGGUACAAACUGCCAGCGCCGCCGUUGCGUACGCUUGCAACACGCCCCAGCAAUGCAACAGCAACAACAGCCGCACAUCAAAGCGACGAACAGUUGCAACAACAACAACAACACCAGCAGCAGCAGCAGCAACUGCAUUGGGAGCCCAAUGAGGUGGCGCAUGUGCUGCGUCGUAAUUAUUUUAAAUUUGCUGACGAGACGCAGAUGGGCGAGUUGAGUGUGUUGCUCAAUGUCCAGGAUAAAGAUUAUGCGCUGCAGCAGGCGCUGAGCGAAACGUCGCAGUUUCUUAACGUCCACAUGCCCACCAGCAACAAAAGCAACAACAACAACAACAACAAUAAUGUUAAACGUGGCGCUGACAGUGCGAGCAACUCCAGUGAGGAGGAGGAGCGCGGCUCUCCAUGUAAAAAACUCAAAUCAUCGCGUUCGUGCAAAGGCAAAAUAUAUCAAGAGCUGAUCAAUUCGGGCCAAUUGGCGGCAAUAGCGAAGAGCAAGAGCAAAUGCCGCUUAAAUAGCGGCAGCAGCAGCAAUGGGAGUGGCAGCAACGAUGCCAAUAGCAGCAACACGCCUCCAAUAUCGCCAACAACAGCAGCAGCAACAGUUGCUAUCGAAUGUCAGCAACAACAGCAUGAAGUGACAACCACAAGCGCAAUUCGUGCAGCAGCAGCGAGAGGAUUGGGUGUUGGAGUCGGUGUCGGUGUCGAGUUUGAUCUGGAGGAGAAGAUCAAGGAGUUGCCAGCGCUAAGCUUGGAUGUUUAUCUGCAGCGCAAGCGCAGCACCAAAAAGAAGAAGAAAUUCAGCAGCAACAAAAAGCAACGCAACUCGCACAGCACCAGCUCAGCAACUGGAGCAGCAGCAACUGCCGCUGGAGGCGUGCCAACUGCCGGCAAGCAAACGCGUAACAAAUCCGAGUCUGAGGUUAUGAUAUCGCCCACAGGCUCAUCAUCCUCAUCCUCAGCUGCCGCGGCUGCUGUUGGCAGUCAGAAGCGCAAGGCGCGCAAGGAGAGCAUCACACGUCGCGAUGUCAGCGCCAUUGAGCAGGAGGUGGCCUCCAUUCUGCCGCUGACCAUCAAUGGCUGCUACUAUUUCAAUCAGGCCCAGUUGCUGCCGCCACGUCCAACAACAGUUGGAGCAGGAAAUGCAGCAGCAAUCGCAACUGCAACUGGAAAUGUGAGUGCAACUGCAGCAACAACUGCUGCUGCUGCUGCUGUUAACUUGGCAUACGAUGUGACAUCCACUACCUCAGAUCUUCUAAUACUGGCCGAAGUGGCCGCCAAUCGCACUGAGCUGACCAAGUCGAAUUAGCCUCAGCCAGCGUUGUUGUCUUGUGUUGUUAGAGAGGCCGCAGAGAGAGAGCAGAAAGAAGAGCUGCGGCUGUACUUAUAUAUAUAUAUAUAUCCGCAGAUAUAUCAUAUAUAUAUAUAUAUAUAUAUAUAUAUAUUGUAUACUAGACUAAUUGUUAUUGUUUGAUUUUCUUUGCUGAUUAAGAUGAUGAAGAUAAUGUUGAUGAUAUAUUCGUCGUGCCUGUAAAUGGAGACACUGUAAUACACUGAGAGUAAAUAGACAUUCGUUGAUCUACAAUUUUAGUCAAUAAUAUAAUACGAACACACUCACACAAACACACACACACGCAUAUGUAUAAACAAAAUUUUAGAUCAAAUUGAAAGAGACAAGUUUAUGUUUUUCUUUUUUUUUUAACUAAUUUGUUAUUUGUUUUACAUUUUUCUCUCUCGCAAUAAUUGAAUAAUGAACUUGUUGCUAUUUUUUUUCUCAAUUGUUUUUGUUAAGUUUUCAAGAUGCAAACAACAAGAAAUACAAACAAAAGGAAUAUGAAAUAGAAAAGAACACAAAAGAAAUGAGAUGCAUAUGUGCUGCGCUUAUUAAAUGUUAA